GUCUCCGUCCGGCGGGCUUUGCCUUGGCACAGGCAGGGCACUGACUUAAGUUCCGUGUGCUCUCAGUCCUAUAGAGACGCAGCUCUCUGAAAUUCAUGAACCAACAUGCUUGGCAGAAGACCUAAAAAGAGCCCUCAGGCAAAGGGCCAGGGAGCUGCAGUUGCAAAGCAGCUGGGGCUGUUUGUGGAUUUCAAUCCUGAGGAGAUGCUGCUGGGUGCAGAGGAAGGUGAGGAUGAUGGGGACCUUGAAGCAGAGCUUGCUGCUAUCACAGGAGCAAAAGUGAAAGAAGGAAAACCAAAACCAAAGGUGAAAGCUCCUCUGCCCAUGGAUCAUAUUGAAAAGAUGGCUGCAGAGUGUAUGAAGGACCUGAAUGAAGAUGAAGAUGCAGACGAUGAAGACUUGGAGAAAGAUACAGACCUGUUGGCAGAGUUGCAAGAAGUUCUGGGGGAAGAAGGUGAGACAGGAAGCUGUGAAGAUGAAAUGACAGCAACAGAGCCAUCCCCAACUGAAGCAGAAGAUGAACUACCUGAGCUGCAAUCACAGACUUCCUCACUUCCUGCUGUUACCAGUGAGCUACAGCAGACGCUGGAGGGGAGAAUUGCUGACUACAGGACGGCGAUUUCUAACGCGAAGGAGUCGGGGGAGAGCGCCAAAGUACGGCGGUAUGAGAGAGGCCUGAAGACAUUGGAAACCAUGCUCGCUGCAGUGAAGAAAGGCAAAAAAAUCAGUGAGGAAGAAAUGCCACCUCCUGUUGCAACAGGAAAGAGUUCUUCUUAUGUACCUCAAGCCAUGGGAGUGGAGCUGGAGAAUUCAGGAGAUUCACCAGAGAAUAAAGCUGAGUGUGCUGCAGAUGAUGAGCAGAAGGCUUCUCCUGAGGCAAGGGAGCAUUUGGAAUCAGAAUCUCUGCAAGGUCGUGCUGCUGCUACUGUGGAAGCAGAUCCCCAGCACAGCAGCACUCGAGCAAUCCUACUUAUGAGGCAGAAGGAGUAUAAAUUAGCAGCUCUAAAAGCCAAGCAGCAAGGAGACCUGGAGAAAGCAAAGGAAUACAUGAAGGCAGGCAAGAAGUUUAAUGUGGUGUUGGAAGCUUUGGACAGUGGGCAGCCAAUAGACCUCCAGAAUAUGCCUCCAUCUCCUCAGGAUCUUGAAAGCUUAGGACGUGUGCAAGAUGCAUCCAAGCAAAAAGUACCACCUCGGGUGGGAAGUUCCCAGGAUCUUGCAACACCUGAACCUCAGACCCAAGAAGCUUCAGAGGCCCUGCAGCAGCCCAAGACGGUGCUGGAGGCGUUGCAGCAGCGGCUGGAGAAGUACAGGGCAGCAGCAGCUCAGGCUAAAGCCAGCGGGGACGAUCGGAAGGGCAGGAUGCACGACAGGAUAGCCAAGCAAUACCAGGAUGCCAUAAGAGCCCAUAAGGCAGGGAGAAAAGUGAAUUUUUCUGAGCUACCUGUUCCUCCUGGAUUUCCCCCUCUUCCUGGUGUUGCAGCAACAGAUGGUGGCAGCACAAUCGCUGCUGUCCUGGAGAAUGCCAGCAAGCUGGCAAACAUGGAGGAGAACGAUGAAGAAGAGGAGAAUGAGCCUCUGCCCCAGGCCCCAGUUGCCAAGAAGCCAACUCAGGUUGUUAAGCCAACUCCAGUACCAUCUGCUGCAGCUCAGGAGAGCUCCCCUGAGCACCUGAAACGAGCUGCAUCACCCUCCACCCUGGACAAGGCAGAGUCAAUGGAUCAUCUCCCUCCAGCUGUUAGAGAACAGCUGGAAUUUCUGGAGAACAGGAAGAAGCAAUACCUGAAGGCAGCCAUCAAAGCAAAGAGGGAAAACAACCUCGAACAGGCAAAGACGUAUCUCAGAACAGCCAAGGGCCUUGACCUAAAGAUUGAGCAGGCGAAAUCUGGCAAAACUGUUGAUAUUUCCAAGCUGCCAUCACCUCCUACAGAUGAUGAGGGUGAUUUUAUCUUUGUACACCAUGAAGAUGUCAGGCUGUCUCAGAAAGCAGAUGAAGUUUAUGCACAGCUUGUGAAAUUGCUGAAGGACCAACAUGAGAGGUGUUUGCAGUAUUCCAAGCAAUUCAUGCACCUGGGAAACGUAGCAGAAACAACUCGGUUUGAGAAACUGGCUCAAGGUUGUAAAAAGGAUAUGGAGAUCCUACAGCUUGCACGAGCACAAGGAAUGGAUCCUCCAAGCCAUCACUUUGAGGAAAGAACCUUUAAAAUGAUAAGGAUAUUUUCUGAUCUCAACAGCACAGAAAUGCACCUUCUUAUUGUCAGGGGGAUAAACUUACCAGCCCCACCAGGUGUGUCACCAAGAGAUUUGGAUGCGUUUGUGAAGUUUGAAUUUCAGUACCCGAGUGCGGAACAACCUCAAAAGAGUAAAACAUCUGUAAUUAACAAUAACAAUUGUCCAGAGUACAACCAGCUGUUCAAGCUGAACAUCAACCGCAACCACCGAGGCUUCCGGCGCGCGGUUCGGUCCAAAGGAAUCAAGUUUGAAGUGUUUCACAAAGGGUCCUUUUUCAGAAGUGACAAACACGUGGGGACAGCACACUUGAAGCUGGAGAAGCUGGAAUCAGAAUGUGAAGUUAGAGAGAUCAUCGAGAUUUUUGAUGGCAGGAAGCCCACUGGAGGGAAACUGGAGGUAAAAGUGAGACUCAGGGAGCCCCUCAGUGGUCAAGAUCUUCAAACAGUUACAGAAAAUUGGCUGGUCCUUGAACGUUAGUUCUGUCUGAGAUCCAUGGGAAUGUUGGAAGUCGUGGGCUGAGCGAAGGCAGGAAGAUGCUGCUAAGCUGCAAGCACCAAAGAUGUUAAAUGAAUGCACUACUGAA